AUUAAUUGCAGAACUAAGCAGCACCGUCCAUGGAGGGUGGAGCAGGUGGAUGGUAAACAGUGUGGAGGCGGUGGAUAGCGGGGUAUGUGGCCACCCAACGGGACAACGUGUGGCCAGCCCCUCUGUCUUGGUAUGAACGCCCCUGCGGACUUGGUACCACUCAUCUCUGAACACUGGAUGAGGUUCCCCCAGCCUCACCCUCUCCUCCACAUCACCCUGGGAAUCACCUUUACCCUCCUCACCACCAUCGCCUUUGUCGGCAAUCUCACUGUCAUCAUCAUGUACUGCAGGUACCGUCGUCUCCAAAACUCGUCUAAUCUCCUGGUGACUAACUUGGCCCUGGCUGACCUGCUGAUGAUGUCCAAGGCUCCUAUCUUCAUUAUCAACUCAUUCAUGCAGGGGCCGUAUACCGGACGUACGGGUUGUGAGGUGUACGGGGCGGUUUCCCUCCUGGCGGGUCUGUCGGCGAUCUGGUUCCUCACUGCCAUCAGCCUCGACCGAUACUAUGUGGUGCGACAUUCCCUCAAUACUCACCACAGAUCCCCCAGGUUCCAGUCGUGGGCGGUGGUGGGCGUGGUGUGGGUGUUCUCUUGCUUCGUUACCCUCCUCCCUGUUUUCGGCUGGAAUCGCUAUGUCCCUGAGGGGGUACUCUCCGGGUGUACAGUGGACUACCUAUCAGAGAGCUGGGUGGACAGGAGCUUCGUCUAUAUGCUGCUGGUGAUCGCCUGGGCUUCCCCUAUGGCCGCCGUCAUCUUCUCCUACACCUACAUAGCCAUCAAGGUAAGUCUGUCUGUCUGUCUGGUUCUCCUGGGUGAUAUAAGUUGGGUGACCCGGAUCAUUUAUAACCUAUGGUGUGGUCAGCAGACGGAGACGCGUGUGGUGGUGUUACUGGCAUUGUGGACGUUGUCGUGGUCGCCGUAUGCCCUGGUGGUCGCUGUGUCUGUCACCUUCGAUUCAGCCGUUAUCACGCCCCUCCUCGCCACCCUCCCUUCCAUAUUGUGUAAAGCCUCGGCCUGUCUCAACCCCUACGUCUACGGCCUCAACCUUCCCUCCUUCAGGAGGGAGCUGGCCAGGAUCCUGUUAAGGGAUUUACACGAGUCGAUCCCUGCUGAAGCUUCAAGGCUCAUAGGACGAGGGGCCCACUCCACGGCCACUGCUGCGGUGACUGCUACAUAUAGGUCGCGGUCUGAGUUGUCGUCCCCGGUACAGAGGUUCAUGCUGCCAAACGGAGAGGUAGUGCUGGCCGUGACUUACCAGGAGGCCAAACGCAAAGCAGCCAAGACACGACAACGUCCUUCUACCCACGUGCCAAUCACCACACUUCAUCCCUCCAUGCCCGCCAAACUACACGCCCAGAGUACAGUGCAGCUCCAGAUCACUUCAGUAUAGUAUUAAGCUAUAUUAUCUCAACCUAAUACCACCUGGGUCGUUAGUGUGACGAGGGGACUGAGUAAUUAUCGCCAGAACAUGAUCUCCUUCUCCCGUGACUUUUACCCACCCAGGUCUCUUUUAUGGUAUACACAAAGUCGAGCACAAUGUUUAAGACGCCAUUGGUAAAAAUACCUUGCCCUAUAUCGAGCAGAAUUUUACGCUCAUAUAUUUUGUGCCUUUUUUUUUUAACCAUCUGCAAUGGGACGCAAUUACUGUGGUUGUGCCGCUCGGGCCCAUCUGUCACGUCUCUGUUACGCACUGUUGACUAUUCAUUAUUUUAUAUGAGCUCUUUCUUUAUUUAAUGCAUAUAGUACUGAUAACGUUCCACUCUUCAGAAUCGCUAUUUAACGUUACAGC